UUUUUUUUCUCUUCUCCUUACAUAACGAGGAUGGAAUAUCUUGCCCAAUAUGAAAAUUUUCUUAUCAAGAAUGCAGCUCAAAUAACAAGUUUUGAAUCAUCUUUAAGAUCUCUUACUUACAUUUUACCAGGACGAUUCCAUGAUGCCGAGUUUGCGUCUCAAGCAGUGUAUGCGGCUUUAAACCUUGUUGGACUCUAUCACAAUUCGAUUUUACGGCGUGCAGCACAACAAAAAGCAAAGGAACUUAAACGACCAGAAUUAGCACAAGACUCUACAUUUAAUAAAUAUCUCUUGUUCUGGCAACAACGAUCGAAAUGGAAUCAUACAGCAUCAACCAUCUUGUCUAUUCUGGCUUAUACCCAAGUAUUGAUUGAAAUGGGUGUACGGAAAAAAUGGGGAAAACGUGCACAAUGGAAAAUUAUUGCAUUUUUGGAAGCAUUCAAGGUAUUAUUACGACUUGGUUUAUUGAAAACAACAGAGGAUAGAAUGACAUUAUCACCUACUCAUUUACAACGCGAUGUGGAUCCUGCAAGUUUGGAAACAAAGACUAGUCGAACAGGCACCUAUCAAGGAGAACGCACUGGACAAGAAUGGCCAAGCAUGAAAACUUCUUUUGCAUUGGAUCAACGUGACAAGUUUGAUGAUAUUAAUGCAUUCUUGAUGACCAAAGUGUUGACACCAGAAAAAUUACGACAACCUCCUCAAAUGACUCAUGUUUUGUCAGGUUUAGGCAAUGUGGGUGAAAUCCUGUACAUUUUACGACCUUUGAUUUAUGUAUUAUGUAUUCUCAAAUAUGGACAAAGAUCAUGGAAACCUUGGAUUAUUUCAUUAGCAGCUGAAAUAGGAUCUCAAUUGGCACUUCGAAAAGCAUUUAUAUCUUCUUCAGAUGGACGUAACAUCAUGAUGCCAUUGGAAAAUCAAGAGAUGUCUAGACGGGUACACCUGAUUUGGUUCAACUUUGUACGGGGAGCUUUUUACAGUCGUAUCACAAGACCAAAAUUGGAACAAUAUUGUAAUCGUUUGGAAUCAAAGCCUAUUCUCAAGUUGGCGGCUGGUGUUUUACGAGAUUAUUUACCAUUAUGGGAAAACAUUUAUUUUUAUACAUCUUCAUCCUAGUUUUAGUUAUUUAGUUUUAACCAAUUCAAAAAAUAAUAAUAAAAAAGUAAUAAAAAUAUAUGAAUAUUUA